UUCGGAUUGAAUGGUUCAUGGCUAGCUGAUAGCAUUACGUACCGAUCAAAACAUCGGCAUUGCUGCCUGAAACCCCCCAAGGAUCACAAUCAGCUCUGGCCGCGCACUCUACUGUAUCUUGCGUGCCACUACAGCCUCAUCUUGACCUCCAUUAUCCAUACUGACCGCAGUGACGUCCAUCUAGUUUGUUCUAAGCAUAUCGCCAACCACCCGGUACAAUACAAUGAACUUUAUCGUUUUCCUUCUGCCCGUCGCCAGCUUUGGCACUGCAUCACCCACCCUCAGCGAUCUGCGGCUCACGUUCGUUGCUGGAGAUAUCGCAACAGCGAUGAAGCCAGGGGCUGGGUUGGAGUGCAACAUGACAAGCGUUGAGGCUGGGUAUGUUUCUUGACGAGCUCUCCGCAGCUGCCGCGUGAAUGCGUAAUCUGAGUCAAUGCCAUCGGAAACGAGUGCCAGGAGAGUGUGCUCGUCAUGAAGAGAUGAAUUCCAUAGUGGUCGGUCGGCGAAAAUAUCAGGCUUCAUCACAGUGGUCCCGCAAAGCGCUUCUGGCCUCAGGAAUUCGAAUCAGCGCAACAUGGGGCCACGCCCUUCGCAG